AUGGAAGAUCAGAAAAUGCUGCCAACAAAUGAUGCCUUGGUUAGUAAGCCAAGAAAAAAGAAACCUUCAACAAAAGAGACUGAAAUGCUUAAUGCACCUGGGGAUAAUAGGAAAAGAUUUCAAGACGCACGACCCCCUUCUAGCCAGAAAGGGCAGAAGGCCUCCAGAAAAGUACUGAUGAAUAAUGUUUCCCCAUUGUUCCAACAACAAGAGCGUUCUGCCUCAGAUUCGUUGCCAGACUCUUCUAAUUCUGGAAAUGAAUAUCGGGCAUUGAGGCGCAAAUAUUUGCUACUGGAAGAGGAAAGCUUUGGAUUGGGAUCAGAGUUGAAAGAGGUUGAAGAUGAUAUUAUGGCCCUUGAAAAGGAGAAGCUAUCUUUGCUAGAUGAGCUUGUUGUCUUGGAAGGCCUAAUUGAUCCUUCAGAUAUUCAGCCUCAGGGCCAAAGAUAG